GCCCUGGCGGGCUGCAAACUACAACUCCCGGCAGGCCGCGCGGCGGCCGCAGGAGCCCCGAGCUCGGGGUCCUCGGUUGCCUCAGCCGGUGGUCUCUGCGCGGCAGAACGGCCUGGCUGGCGGGGGCCAGCAGCGGAGGGGUCGCAGGCAGGCUGCUACACACGCCAAGGCCGCUCAGCAGGCCACUAGCAGAUAGACUCAGCGCUUCUCGAGCCCCGAACCCCGGGCCGAGCGGGCGGGACGCAAACUUCCGGACUUGCUUGCUGGCUGCCUGUUUGGUUUGCUGUGUUCUGUGUCGGCAUGGCUGCUAGUUUCCAACAGGAAAUCUUGGUGGCUGUCAAAUUUGUGACCCGAGAAGUAGCCGCUAAAUGUCUGGAAUGCUGACACGAGACUGGUUUGUGUGCUAAGCCUCUCUGGGUUUGGUUGCUGCCUCCUGACUGCUGACCCUGGUCCAUUUCCCACUUGCCACCUCCUCCCUGCACAGCCCGGUGGGACCUUCUGAAGUCCCGGAGCAGUCCUGCCCACCAUGGACCCAGACCCCCAGGCAGGUGUGCAGGUGGGCAUGCGUGUGGUACGCGGCGUGGACUGGAAGUGGGGCCAGCAGGAUGGCGGUGAGGGCGGCGUGGGCACAGUGGUGGAGCUCGGCCGCCAUGGUAGCCCCUCGACCCCCGACCGCACGGUAGUUGUGCAGUGGGACCACGGCACCCGCACCAACUACCGCGCUGGCUACCAGGGUGCCCACGACCUGCUGCUCUAUGACAACGCCCAGAUCGGCGUCCGCCACCCCAACAUCAUCUGCGACUGCUGCAAGAAGCACGGCCUGCGAGGCAUGCGCUGGAAGUGCCGCGUCUGCUUCGACUACGACCUGUGCACGCAGUGCUACAUGCACAACAAGCAUGACCUCACCCACGCCUUCGAGCGCUACGAGACAGCCCACUCCCGCCCGGUCACGCUGAGUCCCCGCCAGGGCCUCCCGAGGAUCCCAUUGAGGGGCAUCUUCCAGGGGGCGAAGGUGGUGCGGGGCCCUGACUGGGAGUGGGGUUCGCAGGAUGGAGGGGAAGGGAAGCUGGGCCGAGUGGUGGACAUCCGUGGCUGGGAUGUGGAGACGGGCCGGAGUGUGGCCAGUGUGACGUGGGCUGAUGGCACCACCAAUGUGUACCGUGUGGGUCACAAGGGCAAGGUGGACCUCAAGUGUGUGAACGAGGCAGCUGGUGGCUUCUACUACAAGGAGCACCUCCCGAAGCUUGGUAAGCCAGCAGAGCUGCAGCGCAGGGUGAGUGCCGACAGCCAGCCUUUCCAGCACGGGGACAAGGUUAAGUGUCUGCUGGACACAGACAUCCUGAGGGAGAUGCAGGAAGGCCACGGCGGGUGGAACCCCAGGAUGGCGGAGUUUAUCGGACAGACGGGCACCGUGCACCGCAUCACGGACCGUGGGGAUGUGCGUGUGCAGUUCGGCCGUGAGACCCGCUGGACCUUCCACCCUGGGGCUCUCACCAAGCACAAUGCCUUCUGGGUGGGCGAUGUGGUACGGGUCAUCGAUGACCUUGACACAGUGAAGCGGCUGCAGGCUGGGCAUGGCGAGUGGACAGAUGACAUGGCCCCCGCCCUGGGCCGCAUUGGGAAGGUGGUGAAAGUUUUCAGAGACGGUAACCUGCGUGUGGCAGUCGGUGGUCAGCUGUGGACCUUCAGCCCCUCCUGCCUGGUGGCCUACCGGCCUGAGGAGGAUGCCAACCUGGAUGUGGCCGAACGUGCCAGGGAGAACAAAAGCUUCCUGAGUGUUGCUCUGGAGAAGCUUCGAGCCCAGAAGAGUGACCUGGAGCACCCAGGGAGACUGGUGGUGGAGGUGGCCUUGGGCAGUAUGGCUGGGGCUCUGGACCAGCUGAGGCGGCACCCAGAGCAGGUGGACACCAAGAACCAGGGCAGGACCGCUCUGCAGGUGGCCGCCUACCUAGGCCAGGUGGAGCUGGUGCGGCUGCUGCUGCAGGCACGAGCGGGCAUGGACCUGGCAGAUGAUGAGGGCAAUACGGCGCUGCACUAUGCAGCCUUGGGGAACCAGCCUGAGGCUGCCCGGUUGCUCCUGAGCUCCGGGUGUGGGGCCAAUGCUCUUAACAGCACCCGGAGCGCAGCACUGCAUGUGGCUGUGCAGAGGGGCUUCCUGGAGGUGGUGAAGGUCCUCUGUGAACGUGGCUGUGAUGUCAACCUGCCUGAUGCACACGCGGACACACCUCUGCACUGUGCCAUCUCGGCGGGCGCCGGCGCCAGCGGCAUCGUGGAGGUCCUCACUGAGGUGCCAGGUGUUGAUGUCACGGCCACUAACAGCCAGGGCUUCACCCUGCUGCAUCACGCAUCCCUCAAGGGCCACACGCUAGCUGUCAGGAGGAUUCUAGCUCGGGCACGACAGCUGGUGGACGCCAAGAAGGAGGAUGGCUUCACAGCCUUACACCUGGCUGCCCUCAACAACCACCGGGAAGUGGCCCAGAUUCUGAUCCGAGAGGGCCGCUGUGAUGUGAACGUUCGCAACCGUAAGCUCCAGUCCCCCCUGCACCUGGCCGUGCAGCAGGCUCAUGUGGGGCUGGUGCCGCUGCUAGUGGACGCGGGCUGCAGUGUCAACGCCGAGGAUGAGGAAGGGGACACAGCCUUGCACGUGGCCCUGCAGCGUCAUCAGCUGCUGCCCCUGGCAGCAGAUGGGGCCGGGGGGGACCCAGGGCCCUUGCAGCUGCUGUCCAGGCUCCAGGCCUCAGGCCUCCCGGGCAGCGGGGAGCUGACGGUGGGAGCGGCGGUCGCAUGCUUCCUGGCGCUGGAGGGCGCCGACGUGAGCUACGCCAACCACCGCGGCCGCAGCCCGCUGGACCUGGCCGCCGAGGGCCGUGUACUCAAGGCCCUGCAGGGCUGUGCGCAGCGCUUCCGGGAGAGGCACGCGGGCGGCAGCGGGGGUGCGGCCCCGGGCCCGAGGCUGGUGCUUGGCACCCCCAACACCGUGACGAACCUGCACGUGGCUGCGCCGUCGGGGCCCGAGGCCGCCGAGUGCCUGGUGUGCUCGGAGCUGGCGCUGCUGGUGCUGUUCUCGCCGUGCCAGCACCGCACUGUGUGCGAGGAGUGCGCUCGCAGGAUGAAGAAGUGCAUCAGAUGCCAGGUGGUCAUCGGCAAGAAGCUGCGACCAGACGGCACAGAGGUGGCCAGCGCGACCCCCGCGUCCGGCCCGCCGCGGCAGCUGGUGGAGGAGCUGCAGAGUCGCUACCGGCAGAUGGAGGAGCGCAUCACCUGCCCCAUCUGCAUCGACAGCCACAUCCGCCUCGUGUUCCAGUGCGGCCACGGCGCGUGCGCACCCUGCGGCGCCGCGCUCAGCGCCUGCCCCAUCUGCCGCCAGCCCAUCCGCGACCGCAUCCAGAUCUUCGUGUAGCCCGUGCCCCCCCCCCC